UUUUCUUUUUCUAUAAAGCUGUAUUUAAAGCUGAAAGCAUAUGGCCUACAUCUACGGUCUCGAUUUACGUCCUGUAGUGUCUUGUUUUAUUUAUUAGUGUAUAUUGAUAAGUUAUUGGUACUUGGUGUUUAAAUUAUACUUGGGUCAACAAUUUUUGCAUCUUCUUGGGGGUUGAAAAUUCUUGACAAGCCUAAAUGGCACUGACAAAGAUCACAAACUUCAAAAGAGACAAUUUGAAAUGGGAUGUCAACAUUUUGCUGACAAAUAUGACAACUACAUCAAAUGAUCGUAUCAUUUAAUACUCUGUUAAUUGCUAUAUGUCUUAACAUCAAUGUGAGUUUCAUUUUGUUAUUAAUUUGUUAAUUCAUAUGUAAAUUUUAAUCGCACCAAUACUGUAUAUGAAGUAUGUAAUUAUGUAUUAAAUUUAAUAAUAGUAAUCAUGGAUUUAAACAAUCCUCGGGCUGUGCCUGAGGAUAAAGGAAUGUCUCCACAAAACACUCUUUGGGAAAGAAUAAAAUUUAAUUCGUAUGAGAUUGAUGAUGAACAGACAAUUCACAGUAACAUCGAUAAUUUGAAAAAAUUAGCAAGUACUUGUGGAUUUGGUUCCAAUACAGAAGCGAGGAUUCUUGAAAAAAUAAUAACUGAGUACAGUAAAAAGUCUGCAGAUUUUCUUCAAGUGUUGGAACAAGAGGAUAAUGUUUCUCUUAAAAGUGUAUCUGAACUAAUUGAGAAAAAUAUUAGUAAGUCAUCAAAAUGUAUGGUCACAAAUAAAGAAGAAAAACAUACUAAAAGUGCUAUUUUUCAUCAAAAGAUUGUUUCCAAAGAUGAAAUUGACACUCUUAUUGAUUCUUCUUUAAUGGACGGAAAUGGCAUGACUUUAAAUGAAAUCAAAAUGUGUUUGGAAAGUAAACUUUCGUGCUCUCUAAGCCAAGAUGACAAAGAUUACAUGAAGGAAAAAUAUGUAGAAUCUCUGAUGGAACUGUGGCUUGAUGAAACUUCUGAUAACGCCUCAAGUUUGAGCAAUGACCCUCUUGAGCUCCUUGAGAAAUUAAGAGGAGCAACAUCACUGCAGGAUUGUUUUGGUUUUGGAAUGGGGCUACCAUACAAUGAUUUAAUGAUUACAUUUUGCAAAGACACAAAAUAUCUUGAUAGUAAAGAAAAACAGGUAGUUAUGAAAUUCAAAUCUGUAUUUCUAGCAUUUCUAUUGCUUCAAGCAACCUAUUUGCAGGGGGAGAUUACCUUUCAAACAAAUUUGAUCUUGACUUUGAAAAGAUCAAAAGAUGUUGAAAUUGUAGGUAAUAUGCUGGACCUAGUCAGUUUUCUUGAAUCCAAAGAAGAUGAAACAAUAUGUUUUAAGAAACUUCUUCGGAGGAUAAUUAGCUGUUCAGCUUUGGAGAGUUCAGACCCGUUAAGAAUAGGAUCAGAAGCUAUUCUCUAUCAAGAUAAAUAUUAUUUUGUAAAAUAUAUGAGGGAUAUAAUAGUGGACUAUUUGAAACCAUUUGUAAUAGAAGAGAAAACACUUGAUGGACGAAAACUCUUGGAAGUAAAGGGAGAACAUAUUGUAAUAGGGAAAGUUCUAGAACACAUAGAAAGUCAUCCAGGAUUUAGAGAGUUGGAGGAAAUCAGGUUUGUUAAUGCUGGUGUAAUUCAUAUUGAUGAAAAUUUGAAUUCCAAAAUUUGGCAUGGCAAAAACAUUGUUUUACUCACAGAAACUAUCAUCGUAAGCAAAGAAAGCCAAAUUACUUGGGACGUCUCAGGACAUGAUGCUCAUGGCCAAGGUACAGAAUUAGCUUGCACAAGUAGUGAGGACAAGGGAGACGGAGUCAGAGGUAGGCCAGGUGAGAGUGGAGGGAAUGUUAUGAUCAUAUGUGAUGAAAUAGAAAAUGCUCCCUAUCUUAAAAUAGUAUCCAACGGAGGAAAAGGAGGACACGGCCAAGAUGGUAGCAUUGGUGGCGAUGGUGUAGAUGGUGAUUAUAUCGGACCAACUGAUUUUAGGAAAAACUUUCCUCCAGUGUGCAAGUUCUUAGACAAUAGUAAAAGAGAACAUCUAGAAGAAACUAGAUUACAUUUAAUUGAGGACCUUCAGACAGUGAAGCUCUCUAUUUUUGGAAAACUUGAGUCUCUAAGUAAAAAAGACUUUGAUCAUGUGUUUCAAGAUACCAUUACUAAGUUGGAAGAUAUAUACUUUGAAGGAAAAACAAAAACAGGUUGUAAAAUAUUUUUUUCAUUCCACUAUGCGCCAAUAAUGGAAUUUAGUCAAUCUUUUCUUUUAAUCAGAGGAGCGGAUGGAGAACCUGGGAAAAAAGGAGGAAAAGGGGGCGAAGGAGGUGAAGGGGGAUUUGCUGGUGAAAUCCAUGUUGUCAGUAAAAACACUACAUCAUCUGAAACAGGUAUAAUCAUAUGUACAGAUAAUGGUAAAGAUGGAAACCAUGGUAAAUCAGGUUCGGACGGUAAACCAGGUAAAUCUGGACUUGAUUGUGCUUACAUAGAUUCAACAAAGCCGAAGCUGCCAUUUUUUUCUGAAGUGCAUUUUCCCAAAUUUUUUUUUACCAAUCACUUAGAUAACCAGAGGUUGAAAGUUGAGUAUAAAUCUAACGAAGCACCAGAGAGAAUAUUUUGUCCUCAUAACUCACAAUAUGGUGAAAUAGUUAACACAAAGAAAGAAUUUUACAGAACACAUACCAUGAGUUACGAUUGUUGUAACACAUUAUCAGAGAAAGAGCAGACACAUAACCAAUAUAAAAUACAAGGCAACAGAAAGAAAACAAUCAAUUUUAACAGUAUCAUAGAACAGUAUAAGGACAUAACGUCAAUGUCACAUAUUCAAAAAAUUGAUAUUUUUGAGAAUGAUAUCAAGCAAAUGUAUGAUGAAAUAAUUGAAGAGGAAAUGUUGAAAGAAGAAAAAGUCACCCUUGGACAGAGAGUCACAAGAUCGCUAAACUUUUCUCUGCAGAACAACAAAAAGGUUAACUGUAUAUCUUUGCAUGGAGUUGAUUGGAAAGCUCACAGUUCACCAACUGCUUGUAAUGAUGUAUCUUCCUCAAACAACAAAUCCUCCGAUUGGCAUGAUUUAUUGAAAGAAAACAUUGGUUUGCAAGAACUAAGGACUGUUUUGGACAAAAUCAAUUUUCAGACAACUUCCCCAGCAAAAUCUAUUGCAAACAGAAACCCUUUGAUUUUAAGAAAUAAAUAUCAGUUAGCAAUAUUGAAUCACCUGGAAAAGUCCCCUGAAUUGCACACUUUAACACAAGGCUGUAGAAGUUACAAUCAAAAAGUGUUGGGAUCGAUUGAUAAUACUCUCACUGUAGUUGACAAUAGUGAAUCCAUCUCCGAGGUUGAAAGUUACUUAUGUAGUGAUUCACAAAAAAACAGAUUAAAUAUUAUUGAAAUGUUGGAAAAUAUCUCCAAUGAUGGAAUAUUUUGCAUGAAAAUAUUUAAUAUUUAUCUUAAUAAUAACUUGGAUGACUGUGAGAAAUUUUUGUCUGAUAAGCAUUUAGUGGCUUAUACAAAGCAUUACAACUGGUUUAAAACCAAAAAAGCUAAAAGCAUGCAUUCAAAACUAUUACCAAUUUUGAACCAUCUUUCAAAUGAUGAUGGUUUGUACAGACAACUAGUAAAGGCAAUUUUUGAUCAAAACAUAUUUUUGGAAAUUGACGUGGAACACCAAAUUCGUAGCAAUUAUUUUCUUAACAUUUGCUAUGAAAAGUAUGUUGAAGAAGUCAACAAGCCUUUUGAAUGGAAGAGUAUUCUGAUCACUCAGCAAGCACUCACAGCAAAACUUGUUGAAGGAUUCAAAAGUGUUAUAAACCAUAAAGGGCACACCUCAGCCUUAUUCAGAGAAGUUGUGGCACAACUAUUCAAAACAAAUGUGCUGCUGUAUCAAAUCAACGAAUACAAUCAGAUGGUAUUGACACACAAUCAUAAUCCAUCUGCUGAUCAAAUUGCUCAUAUUCUAAUAAGAGACAACAAAUGUUUAAAACUUGAAACUCACGAAGGCAUGUGUCAACUAAUUGGAACUCUAGAAGAAAAAGGGGAAAUCUGCAAAAAAAUACAGUUUCAUGUUGAUUCAGUCAUAGAAAAGGCAAAGUAUAGAGAAUAUCUAGAUGAAUUUCUUUGUGAAAGCCCAUUUAUACAAAAUACUUACAAUGGUGUUAGUAAAUCCACCAUGAUUAAAAUCAAAAUCAACCAUAUGCUAAUGGAGGACGAAUACAUUGAAAUGAUUAAAAGUUGUUUCAAGAAUGAUGAAAAGCAGUUAUUAGAUAACAGGUUAAAAAUGCUCAAACAUGAUUGUGUCGGCUAUCAAAGUUAUUUGUAUUAUAUUGCUCUUCGCUUAAAAACUGAAGAAACUAGAAUAUCAGUUGAAGAGUUGUGUUUCAUUAUAAACUUUGUUUUGAAAUCAAUUUUGGAAUCACCACUUAACUCAAAUAUUGUUUCAUGGAUUCUAUCUUCUCAACAUCACACAAAUUGGAUUGUCGAAUUCAUCCUCCUGAAACUAGAAUUGUAUUUCAAAAAAUCGUUGGAGAAUGAAUUGAAGAAAUCUUGGAGAAAGUGCUUAUGUCAGGCCAACAGAGAUACAUGCAUGCUGCUUCUUAGUAAGCUUGACUGUGAUCAGAGUUUACAGACCACAGACGACGCUGGUGAGAUACUCCUGUUAAUCAGCCUUGUGUCUGAGUUUCCAAUAUCUCUUUCUGAGUUGUGUCUCAGUGAUUGGAAAUACUACCUUAAAGAUGUUUUUUGGAUCAGUGAGAUUAUAAACACAGGGGAUUGGUCUGUUGAUGAGUUGAAGGAGGCCUCCUUCUACCUAUCAACAUUGGAGAACAGUUAUGGAAAAGAAUUGUGCUGUAAGUUUACCAAAGUGGUAAGAUCGCAUUCAAAAAGCAUUAACUCUCAAAAUGACAAACUGCAAGUGUUUAACACCCUAAAACUUAUGACGAACAAAGAAUAUCUAUUUAAUGAGAAACUUCUUGAAAUUCUUUCCAAAUCUAAUAUUCAUAAAUGGGAGGAGAUUCUAAGGAAAGAAUGUUUUCCUUCUGAUAGUGAGCGGAGCCUGUGCCAGUUGAGGAAUUUGAUUGAAAGUGGUGGCAAUACAUCCAAACUCAUAAGAAGCACUAUUGAUGAAACUACCCUGAGCGUAGAAUCUAUUAGGUCAAUUUGGGAGUUUUUAAAGGGGAAAAUGGAAAAACCAUCAGAGUUGAAAAGUUGGAUAUCCAAUCUUCUUGAAAUAUUAAAAAGAAUUAUUGUCCAGAGGAAAAAUUGCCCUGAAAUAGAAGUUAAAAUUGAUCAUAUGAUAAAUCGUAUCUUCAAAGAAAUGAAGGAACACUUGACAAAAUUAAAAGGAAAGGAAAAUAUUUCUAUUAUGACAUUAGAUCAGUUUAUUUUGUGUAACCUUGAAAACAUUGUUCUAGCAACAAUUUGUACUUCAAUAUAUAUGUUAUAUGAAAAGAAGAUGUUGAGAAAUACUCAACUAAUAACAAUAUUGACAUUUCUAAAAACAAAUAAAAAUGUACUAGGCCAAGUUUCAACAGGUGAAGGAAAAUCAUUUGUAAUCAUUGCCGUUGCAAUUAUGAAAACACUAGUACACGGAAGUAAAGUUGACAUAAUAACUAGCUCCCAUGUGUUGGCCAAGCGGGAUGCACACCAUUACAAAGCAUUGUGCAGCUUAUUCAAUCUUGAUGUUGGCCACAACUGCUCUGAAAAUAUUGACGAGAGAAAAACUGUAUAUUCCAAAUGCCAAGUAGUGUAUGGAGAACUAUCGUACUUUCAACGUGACUUCCUUUUGGAUCGGGUUUACAACCACAAUAUUCUUGGAGAUAGAACAUAUGAAACAAUUAUUGUAGAUGAGGUUGAUAGUAUGCUAUUAGAUAAAGCGAACAAUGUCCUUUAUCUUUCUCAUGACAUUCCAGGCCUAGACAAAUUAGAACCACUUUUUGUGUUCAUUUGGAAAUGUUUAAAUAUUUCAUCCAAACAAGACAAACCUGAUGAUAUUUUCAAUGUUGACAAUUUGAAGGAAAUGAUUUUAAAUGAGAUGUAUGGAAAAAUCACCAUUGAAGAUAUAAGAAAUAUCAAUAGUAUCAAAAUCGAUGACUUUUGUGCUCAUCAAAUUUGGACUUCUUUGAUAGAAAAAAAAGUGAUUGGUACUUGUGGUAAGGUGUUUGUUCAACAAUACAAUAAGUCAUUUGAUGGAUUGAAGGAUUUAAGUGAAAAUAAAGCCUGUUGUAGCCAUAUGGAAGAUAUAGAAUACUUAUUGAAAAAGGUCAUUCAUCGUAAAAGAGAACUCGAAAUCCCUUGUUAUCUUCAGAAUUUUGCUGAGGAUCAUUUAGACAAAUGGAUUGAUAGUGCUAUCACCGCUUUAAAUCUUCAAAACAAUAUUGAUUAUGUGGUUGAUGUUGACAGAUCUAAUAGCAGCUCAGAUCGUAAUCCAAAUAUUAUAAUUGUUGAUCGUGAUACAGGCACUGAUAUGACUAACUCCCAAUGGGAUGAUGGUCUCCACCAGUUUUUGCAGUUAAAGCACGGUUGCAGGUUGUCUCAUUUAACAUUCAAAGCAGUUUUCAUUUCUAAUGUCUCUUACUUAAAAAUGUAUGAAACUCUGCUUGGAUUAACUGGAACUCUAGGUUCCAUUAGAGAAAGAGAGCUAUUAGAAGAUGUCUACAAUGUUGAAUUUGUUACAAUACCUACUGCCAAACCCAAAAGAUUUAAUGAAGAAAUUCCCAUUCUCUGCAAUAGCUUUGCAGAGUGGUCAACUAAAAUUGUUGAAAAAGUAUACCAAAUAGCUGAUAAAAGAUCAGUUUUGGUUAUUUGUCAAUCACUAAGUGAAGUGUUCACUUUAAAGAAAUGUUUUGAAUCCCAUCAAAGUAAACUACAAAAAAAAAGACAUAUUCACACCUAUACAAGAGACUACGAACAAUUCAGUGUUGAAAACCUAGAUGUAGGUCAUAUUAUAAUAUCGACAAACUUGGCUGGGCGAGGUACAGAUAUUCAGCUUUCUGAUGAAUUAAUUCAAAAUGGAGGUUUACAUGUUUGUCUUACUUUUUUACCUAACAACUGCCGUAUUGAAGAACAAGCAUUUGGUCGAGCAGCAAGAAAUGGCCAACCUGGCUCAGGACAGAUGAUGUUUAAACAUUAUGUCCAAGGCGGUCUUUUGAAGGUGACAGAAUUAAAGAAGGAAAGAGACAUGAAUGAAAUUCUUAGAGUAAGUCAUGUCAAGAAAUAUUAUGAUACUAAAAUCAAACCCGAAGAAGAUUUAUUUUGCAAGUUUCAAGAAAAAUAUAAGUUGCUUGUGGAAUCCAAACACUGCAAAGAAAUCAAAGCUAUUCUGUUAAUGACUUGUUUAGACGAAUGGGCAUACUGGCUUGAAAAAAGUACCAAUAGCAAAAAUGAGAUACCUAUUAGCGAUGUGAUGGAAAGAAUUUCAAAACUUGCCAAUGAUGAUUUUGAUGUUUGGAGCAAACAAGUUCUAGAUCCCUUUCAGCUGACUAAACUGGGUUUGUUUCAUCUAAAUAAUGAUAAUGAAAAGGCAAUCAAAUUGUUUGAGCGGGUCAUUCAUACUGAACCUAGGUUUAGUGUAGCGGCUCGUUAUUACAACACUUGUGCUAGAACAUUAAAAGAUGAUAUUUCCAAAAAAGACUGCAAGGAAUUAAUAAGUGAAUUGAAAGCUGUUCAGAAAGAGUUCAAAAAUCUCAGUGAAUGUUCAUUGUUUUCUGGUACCCUAAUUGACUAUGUAAAAACUCACAAUGAAAGAAAUAUCAUUCAGACUGACUCAUUCAAGCAGCAACAGGAAAUAGUGAGCAAAACCUAUGAGGUUUUUAUUUCAUCAAUCCAUAGCAUUAUAGGAUACAAUGUUACUCCAGAGGAUUUCCAAAUAGCCUUAGAGGGUACACAUGUAAAUGCCAAAGUCGUACCCUCAAUUAUAUUUAGAGACCUGAUUGAGAAAGAAGUUAUUCUUGAAAAACUGAAAGAUGACAUAACUGAAAGAGAUCUUAUUUUCUCAUUAGAGUAUGGAGUUUGUCCAAGAAUGAUUUUAAGAAUGAUUUUAAAUAACUGCAAUCACACCAGAUCAGGAGUCGAGGAAUUUUUUUUGAAACAAAUGAAGAGAUUACAUCUGCUGCCAUCUAGAGAAAUGUUUUGGAAAGAGCUAAUAUCUGCUGGCCUCUUAGAAAAUGAAGAAAAGUAUGUCAUUGUCAAUUGUCCAGAGCUCAAUGAUUUUGACCCAUCACUUGCAGAUGAAAUACAAAAUUUUCAAUCAAUUGACAUCAACACAAGUAGUUCAGGUAAAAUCAGUUUAUACUCCAAAGAAGAACUAGGCCUAUAUCUGAAGAAAGAUGGUCAUGAAGUUAAAAACUUAAUGUUUAAUAAAGACAUCCUGAAGAGACACUUAGGACCAACAAAAUACAAGUUUUUGAAACAGGAAAAUGUCUUCCUUUUCAAUAAACAGGCUUCUUUUUCAAAAAUAAAUAUGGAAACCGUAAAAAUGAACCACUUUGAUAGUGUUACACUGGAUGAUUUUCUAAAAAUAGGAAUACCAAAAGAAACAGCUUUAUCUAUCAUUGGAAGCUUGAUCAAUGAAAAUGUCAUUAGUAAAAAAAAUGAUAAUGACCCACUGCAGUAUGAAUUGCUUGUAAAUUGGGAAGGAAUUAAUAACAUCGAGCUUAAAUCUCACAAGUAUUUCUUAUCUGAUGUUAAGGCUGUACUUGAACAUUGUUUUUCCUUUAGAAUAGCGAUUCAAAAGCUUAUAUUCGUUAAACCUGAUUGUGAAGGAAACUACAACAAUCUAGUGCUACCCUUGCAAGUCAAACUAUAUAAAAGAUUUUGGUUAGAUUUGCUAGAACAAGAGAUCAUUGAGAAAAGAAUAAACCAUGAAAAAAAUUAUUCUGAAACUCUUGAAGCUUUGUAUUCUUCAUCAAUGGAUAAGGCAGGAUUUAUCAAGAUAUUUUCAAAGUUCUAUGACAAAGAAAAAAGUGAACGAAUUGUUGAUGAAUUAAUUGAAAAACAUUGGCUAAAAAAAACUAUUGGACGUAGUAAGCGUCAAUUAUAUGUCAUUAACAACAAAAUUGAGGAAGAAACUACAAAAAAUGAAAAACUACUAGCCCAACUCUCUAAAAACACAAGUGAUUCCAAAACAAUUGAACAAACUAUCAAUAACCACAAAAUUGAGAAAGAAACUAAACAAGUUGACCAACUAGCCAACCUCUCUAAAAACAUAAGUGAUUCCAAAACAAUUAAACAAAUCCUUUUGAUUCAUCUUGUGUUCUCUAAAAAUGUAAAUAUGAUAAAAUCUAACAUUGAAGAUUUGGCUGGCGAAAUUCACCAGGUUACAACACCCAAAUUCUCACUCAAGUCCUUAGAGAUAAUAUUGAAAGAACAUAGUAUUCCAACAAGUGAAAUAAACAUGUUUACCAUGAAUGGGUUCAACCAGGUAAUUAAUUUAGAAGAGAAGAAAUAUACAAAGAUGAUGAAAAUUGGCGUAUUUUACGUAACAGCCUUAGGACUUGCAGAAAUAGCAGCAGGAGUAUGCUUAGAGGUGAUGGGUUCUCCUUUUGGACUUAUACUAUUAGCCCAAGGUAUCGAUGAUAUAAUUUUUGCUUCAGGUUGUUUUUUUUCUGGUCAUUUCUCAUGGAAAGAUUAUCGCUCACAGAAGAUCGUAAGUCUUGUCACUUCAGCUAUUUCAUGCUAUGCUUUAGUCAGAUCCGCAUUUGCUAAAAAAACUGUGGGAAUGUCAGCAGGGACAAUGAAAGAUAAAUUGGUGCAAGGUUUAUCAAAAGUGAAAAGCUCUGUUAAGAGUAUUUUUAGUUCUGAAGGUAUGAAACAAGUUGCUGAGACUGAAGUAACUGCUUUUGGAGUAUGGAAACGAGUUUUGUUUUAUUGUGCUGAAGGUGUCGCUCGUGGGGCUAAAGACCACCUGAUGGUUCAUAUGCACUCCCAGAUAGUAAGUCUAGGCACAGACUUAUCCAAACAAGUGCAUGAAGAUAUGGAACGUACUAUUAUUAAUCACCAAGUUUUUGAAACUGCAACAGAACUGUGUAAAAAAGGGCAAACGACAAACAUAAUCAAUGUUGUUAACAAGGUAUGUCAGGAUAAUGAAAUGAAGGUUAAGAAAUCUUUGGAAUCUAUUCAACUAGGCAAGAUUUUUAUCUUAAUUGAGAGAUUUAGUUCUAAAACUUUUAAAAGGAAAUCUUUUGAUCUUGAUAGCCUAGAUGCUACUCUAAAGCUUUUACAAAAUUUAUUCAAUUUUGUUAGAAGUUUAAAAAUAUACCUAACAGAAAUAUUAGGGUUAGUUACGAACGUCUUAAACGAUAUGCAGAGAGAAUUAGUUAAAUCAUUAAACAUGGCAAAAAAUUAUCGAGAGCAACAAGAAAUUGGCCGACAUGAAUUAGACUCACUUCAACUUAAAGUCUUGGAGAAGAUAAGCGGUGGCAUAAAUGGUGUGUUUGCCACACACAUCACAACAAAUAUUGUAUCACCAAUCCUGAGGUGUGUUGAAACAUGUGUAGAGAAAGGUAUGUCCCAAGUCAUAACCAAAGGGAGACGUUCUUACCUAACUGAUAAAGAAAUGGUGAAGUGGAAUAGUUCUAAAAAAACAUGUGUCAGUAAAAAAAGUAAGGCAAAUGCUGUAACGAAACAUAAACGUUUUUCACGUGAGUCCGAUGAAAUUACCUGUGAGUUGUUCAAAAUGAGGCAGAACAGAAAAGCUCUUGCUUCAAUGAUACCACAAAAUGCUGCAGUGAAAACUGAUUGCUUGGACAUAUUUUGCAAAAUAAUUCCUGUUGCUCUAAAACAAGAACAUUUGAGUGUUCCAGCUCUCAGUGUCGAAGUAGAAAAUCAUAACACAAAAAAUGUUUAUCAUAUUGGAGAUGUAACAGAUAAAACUCCAACAGUAAAAUUCAAUCCAAAUGCUGACUUAAGUUCUAACUUGUGGAGUAACAGGAUUUUACUUAAAGACUUUUUCAUCUUUUUGAAUAAAUCUUUUAUGAAACAUUACCCUGAAUACAGCCUUGUUGCACAAAAACUGCAGGAGAUUGUUGUCAAGAAAAUGGAAGAAUAUUUGAAUAGACAGUCUGACACUCCGUUUGAUGAAGAUCAGUUUGUCAGUGAAGAAAGGAUGCUGCAAGAUUUGUUUUUCUUCGAAAUCAAUCAAAUCAACACAGAAUGUGAGAGAAAGAACCCUUAUCAGCAUGCCCAGUUUGGUGGCGGAUGGACUUUCAGUCCAUCUGUGGAUGUUGAUUUGCGAGAAAAAGAGAAGAUCAUAAAUGUAGAUAGUUUACAGAGUUACGUCAAUAAUGCAUUUGAAAGAGCCUUAACAAAGGUAAAUAUGCAUAUUCACAGGAUUCAAAGCAAAUUGUCCUAUUUUAACUUGGCUCUUGACGAUUUUGCUAUCACAAAACAUCAGAUAGCGCCUCCACCUCCUGAUAUGUCUGAAGUGUUGAACUGUUAUGCAAUCCAAUAUGAACUUGUCGUUCCAGUUUUGUUAGAAAAUGUUAAUAGACUUGUCGAUUUUAACAUUAUACUUCAUCUUGAAAAUGUUAGGAUGAAACACAAGUCAGAACUUAAAUCCCCACUUGGACCACACAUACGCUAUGAAAUCAACCCUGCUAGAGAAAUGAAGUUCUUAAAUAAAGGUUUAAAGGGGCAUAUUCUUUUGCACAGUGAUUGCAUUGUUAAUAGCUAUAGCUUAACAGACUGUCAUGUGGCUGGGGAACUGAUUGUGUCGUCAGCACUUCUACCACCUGUAUCAAUAGACGAAUGUGAAAAUUCAGUUGAGAAAGAGGCAAAUGUUACAAGUGAAAUGACUACGACAUUUACAUCACCAAUAGCGAAUAAACGUGAAACUUCAAUUGAGAAAGAGGCCAAUGUGACAAGUGAAAUGACUAUGACAUUUACAUCACCAAUAGCAAAUAAACGUGAAACUUCAAUUGAGAAAGAGGCCAAUGUGACAGUUGAAAUGGCUAUGACAUCUCCAUCACCAUCAGUAGCAAAUGAAAGUGGAAUCGUAAGUAACAGAGGUGCACCAAACACAUGUGAUGCUGUAAUAAUUGGAGAUUCUUUAUUCAAAUAUAUAGAGCAAUAUGUUAAACUGCCAAAAUGUGAUUUUAAGAUUUGUCCGUAUAUUGAAGCUCACCGCUUUGUGGAGGAAAUCAUCCCUUUUAUAAAAAAUUACCAAAGUCUUAAAUGUGUCGUAAUUUUUCUGGGUAAUGACGCAGUGAAAGAUACAUCCGAGCACCAGUCACCAGAACCAGUUGUCACUUGUUUAGAUGAUUUGGUUCAUCUUCUGCAAAAGAAUAUCAGAAAUACAGAAAUUAUUGUCUGCACCAUGACCUUUGUGAAACAACCAGCUGAUAGGUUUUUUCAGAAAAUUAGUGAAGCAAACAGAAUGUUAAUAGAUUUCUGUGAACAGAAAAAUGUUGUACUAUUUGAUUCCAACAAAAUCAUAUGUCCUCGGGAUUUGUUACGAGAUGGAAUCCACCUGAACAGGUCAGGCUAUUACAAACUAGGCAAGCAUAUCUCCGAGUUAUGUUUGGAAAUUAUCAAUUCUAAAUAACUCACUGAAGGAGACAAAGCUCACUCAUCUAUUUUGGCACAACAUGGCAAUUAGAACACUCCAUACCUUUAUCAUUUGGAUUGCAACCAAUAACCGACUCAUGAGUAAUUUUUUAAAGCAUCUAAAAAUUAAAAAGACAAUAUUUACUUUAAGACUGUGAACAUAAAAAAUCUGGAUAAUAUUUAAAUUAACUAUCUCAGAGCCGGUUUCUCCAAAGUGGUUUAAACUUUAGAAACAGUUUAAUUGGCUGAUAGGUUUUUUUCCAUUGUUCUUUGGAAGUUUAACCUGAAGCAAAAGUUAAACCAUAAUUACCAGCUGGUUUAAACCGCAUAGUAAGGUUUAACUCACUCUGUCUGCACUAAAAUACAACAUAACCCCAAAUUCCACUGUUGAGCAUUGACUAAAUACAGUAUAAUGAUCUAUUAAAGAGGUUUUAACUAAUAUUGUCAUAUAUUACAUAUGAGUAGAUUCUGGUGUUGUAUUUAUUUAUUUCUUGGAUUCAUUUUACCUAUUUAUUUUCAAUUUAUCAUUAAAUUUUAAGGUAGAACUUAGUAAUAAUAAGUAAUAAGUAUAUUAAUGCAGUCGUCUUCGUCAUCAGACUGAAUUUUAAGUACCGAUCUUCAUUUAAGCUCGAGAACCUAUCCAUUCCAUUCCAUUCAAUCCAAGAACAACUUUUCUCCGUUACUUUUGAAAAAUAACUGUUAUUAUAACCAGGCAUUGACUCAUAGCCUCUAAAGGAAACUUUUCUAUAGACUUUCCCACACCAUAAAACACUAUGUGGUGUCGUAUCCACUUAUUUCUUUUGUAAAUAAUAUGCCACCUUGGAUUUCAUUUAUAGAUUGUAUACCAGUCGUCCGUACUUAAAUGAUAGGGUUAUUCUGUCCAACUUUUGGUUUACACAUUACACAAUUACAAUAGUUUAACCUAACUAGCAGUGCCUCUCACUAGUCUCACUAUUGCUAAGAAAAUAAAUAACAAAACCUCUAAAUUUGCAUUAGCCAGAUGAAAUAAAUGCGAAAAUACUAGAUCAGGGCAGCCAACAAUCUUUUUCCAUGGUUUAACUUAAACUUCAGGCCAAAAUGUAUAGAGAAAUUGAUUGAUGGUUUAACUUUAAACCCAUUUAAGUUAAACGCUACUUGGAGAAACCGGGCCUUAGACAAUAAUCUGUUAAAAUUUAAUAAUCAUUCACUUCAAGUACCGUAUAUCAAUUUAUAUUUUUGUCAGUGCCUUAUUCAAAUGUUUACCACAUUUGACUUUGUAUAUAUAGUAAGUAGGUAGACAAUAUAAUACAUUUUCAAACAUAUUUUGUACGUCAAUUGUUUUUGCGAUUAAAUUUAUUUUGUUAUAUAAUGUAUAGCUAGCAUGGUAAAAGAUAUUCAUUUAUGUUUUUGUAAGUGCCUUAUUUAAAUGCUUACCACAUUUGACUUGUACAGUAGUAAGACAAGGUACAAGUUUGUGAUCAGAUAAGUUAGUGAUUUUUUGUUCUUAAUUUGUUUGUACAAUGAAUUAAAAAUCUUCUAUAAUGUAUAGCUAAUCUGCUUGAAUAACGGAAGAUGAGCAACUGAAGAAACGCUUUGAAAAAAGAAUUUGCAUUUAUACAAAGUAUUUUAAUAAACAUUUAACAUUUUUCUAAGUUUCAAA